CGGUUUGUAUUUAUUUAUCAGUCGAUAUUUUGGUCUAUCUAUUGUUACUCUGUAAGCAAAGAUUGUAGUCACAGGCCAGGGGUCAUUAAGCACUAGAUGAUCGUCAUGAUGUCACACGUGUGUCAGAGACCGUAGUGUUCUAUCCAUGUAGCUACGGCUGUGGUGAUGCUAGUAACCGCUGUGGGGAUGCUAGUUAUAGCUAUGGGGUUGCUAGCUUUAGCUGUGGGGAUGCUAGCUACAGCUGUAAAUCUUGGUAUCUCCAGUGUUAUCUGCCACAGCUGUAAAUCUUCUCACACGUAAAGCCUCCCUUUUCUAUUCUUCUGACUAUCUCUUCAAUCAGCCGAGCUCCCCAGGCUAUCUCAUCCUCCAGCUACACCCUCAGACAGACAGAGGGCUAACGGUUAACGCUAGCAGCCUAGCCACCCCUACUAAGAAAACCGAGGGCCAAUCACCGUCCCUGCCUGGGCGUUGCCUUGGGAACGAUAGCUUCCCUGACCCUUUUUUUUUAAACCUCUGUGCUGUGGCUAGUGUGUAAUAAUCGUGACAUCACACGCAGCCGACCUGCCGUGCGUAUCGGUCGGGAGGCGCUGAGCAGAGACCUGGACCCGGACUGACCCCCUUUUAGGACGUUUAAAGAGGAACCGGCUGCACAGUGAGUCACCUCCACUGAACAGGGAGUUUAUGGAGAGGAGCUAACUUGGCUGCACUGAGCCGCCCCCAGCUUUCCCGCGCUCCCCCGCCCUCUCCAGCUGCAUCAUGGGAGACGUAGUCCAGAUGCACUUCAGCACGGUGGACUAUGUGAUCUUUGCGUUGCUGCUGGUGGCGUCGACGGGCAUCGGCCUCUUCUACGCCUUCUCCGGGGGGCGCCAGCGGACCACACAGGAGUUCCUGCUGGCGGACCGCUCCAUGAGCUGCCUCCCGGUGUCGCUGUCGCUGCUGGCCACCUUCCAGUCGGCCGUGGCCAUCCUGGGAGCGCCGUCGGAGGUGUACACCUUCGGCACGCAGUACUGGUUCCUGGGCUGCUCCUACUUCCUGGGGCUGCUCAUCCCCGCCCACGUCUUCAUCCCCGUCUUCUACCGCCUGCGCCUGUCCAGCGCCUACGAGUAUCUGGAGCUGCGCUUCAACAAGACGGUCCGGAUCUGUGGGACGAUCACCUUCAUCUUCCAGAUGGUGAUCUACAUGGGGGUGGUGCUGUACGCCCCCGCUCUGGCCCUCAACGCAGUAACUGGGUUUGACCUCUGGGGGGCGGUGUUGGCUAUGGGCCUUGUGUGCACACUGUACACUGCACUGGGAGGUCUGAAGGCGGUGAUCUGGACGGACGUGUUCCAGACGGUGGUGAUGUUCGCCGGGCAGCUGGCGGUCAUCGUGGUGGGGACCAGCCAGGCCGGGGGCAUCUCCGAGGUGUGGAGGAAGGCCAUGAACGGCAGCCGCAUCGCCUCCCUGGACCUGAACCCCGACCCCCUGGAGAGGCACACCUUCUGGACACUGGGCGUGGGCGGGGUCUUCCUGAUGCUGGCGCUGUACGGAGUCAACCAGGCCCAGGUCCAACGCUACCUGAGCUCCAGGACGGAGAGGGAGGCCGUGAUGUCUUGCUACGUGGUGUUCCCGUGCCAGCAGAUCGUUCUGUCUCUGGGCUGUCUCAUGGGGCUGGUGAUGUUCGCCCGCUACGGAGAGGACAGCCCUCUGGACAAGGGCUACGUCAAGACCAAGGACCAGAUGGUGCUCUACUUCGUGAUGGACGUCUUCAGAGACCUGCCGGGUUUGCCUGGUCUCUUCGUGGCCUGCCUCUUCAGUGGAGCUCUCAGUACAAUCUCUUCGGCCUUCAACUCCCUAGCAACAGUAACCAUGGAGGACCUUAUCAAGCCCUUUUUCCCAAACAUGACUGAAGCCAAAGCUACGCUGCUCUCCAAGGCUCUAGCCCUUGGCUACGGUCUGGUGUGUCUGGCCAUGGCCUACGUCGCCUCCCUCAUGGGUUCGGUUCUCCAGGCGGCCUUCAGCAUCUUCGGCAUGGUGGGAGGACCCCUACUGGGCCUCUUCUGCCUCGGAAUGUUCUUCCCCUGGGCCAACUCCACGGGGGCUCUGGUGGGCCUGUUCUCAGGGCUGGCCAUGGCCUUCUGGAUCGGGAUCGGCAGCUUCGUGAUGCGUCUGCCCGGCCCCGACCUCCUGCCGUACGCCAACACGACGGCCCCGCCCCUCCUGGGCAACAUGACGACGGUUGCCAUGACGACGCUGGUCAGCGCCAUGACGACCAAGACUAGGCCCAGUGGGGUGGAGGCCAUCUACAACCUGUCCUACAUGUGGUACAGCGCCCACAACUCUGCUACCGUGGUGCUGGUGGGGCUGCUGGUCAGCCUGAUCACAGGGCCCAUGAAGGAGAAGGACCUGACCCCCGGGACGGUGUUCCCGGUGUUGGGCACCCUGCUGUUCUUCCUGCCCGAGCGCUACAAGGAGAAGCUGUGCUGCGUGACCCCACUGGGCCACAAGCAUAAGGACGCCCAGCCCUACCUGACGGCCCAGAAGGAGAACCAGGAGGAGGUGGAGGAGGAGGCGGGGGGGCGCAAGGGGGCGGGGGAGAAGCUGGUGGAGGCCGGCCUGGCCGCCCCCCGGGCCUCCACCACCCUGAGCCCCCACCCCUCCGAAGAGACCGCCCUCUAACACACACACACACACACACACACACACACACACACACACACACACACACACACACACACACACACACACACACACACACACACACACACACACACACGAGCUGCCAACAUCGUCGUGGAGACGACAGCGUCACAUGACCGUGGGACGCUGUCCCGCCCGGGAGGUCGAAGGUCAAGGCGAGGAUCUCGUCUACGGAACAGUUCGACACUCUGCGUGUUUUUCUAAGUUAUUUUUGUACAGAAGACGAAGAGCACAUUUUAUCUCCAAGAGAAUAUAAUAUUAUAAAAGGAAGAAGAAUAUCUGACGAGCUCCGAGAUGAAGUCCAUGUACCUCAGUUCAGCAGAGUCCAGACCUGCUCCCGCUGGCCCCAGACCCCCCCCGUCCUAAUGAGGCCCUGGUUGAGAGCCUAUGGGGUCCCCUGUCCAGCUGCGCCACAGAGCCUAUGGGUUCCCCUGUCUAGCUGCGCCACAGAGCCUAUGGGUUCCCCUGUCUAUCUGCGCCACAGAGCCUAUGGGGUCCCCUGUCCAGCUGCGCCACAGAGCCUAUGGUGUCCCCUGUCUAGCUGCGCCACAGAGCCUAUGGGUUCCCCUGUCUAUCUGCGCCACAGAGCCUAUGGGGUCCCCUGUUUAGCUGCGCCACAGAGCCUAUGAGGUCCCCUGUCCAGCUGACUCACAGAGCCUAUGGGUUCCCCUCUCCAGCUGCGCCACAGAGCCUAUGGGUUCCCCUGUCUCGCUACGCCACAGAGCCUAUGGGUUCCCCUCUCCAGCUGCGCCACAGAGCCUAUGGGUUCCCCUCUCCAGCUGCGCCACAGAGCCUAUGGGGUCCCCUGUCUAGCUGCGCCACUGAGCCUAUGGGGUCCCCUGUCCAGCUGACUCUCAAAGCCUAUGGGUUCCCCUCUCCAGCUGCGCCACAGAGCCUAUGGGGUCCCCUGUCUAGCUGCGCCGCGGUGUGAACACGCCAAUUUAGAUGACCUGUCGGGUCGGCAGCAGUACCUGGAACCUCUUCAGGCCUAUAGGAGCACAGGAAGAAACCUGUGGAUGUGAUGUCACUUCCUGCUGGUGUUUCUGCUCAUAUGCUUGUCAAGGAGAUUACCUGUCUACAGCUGGGCUAACCUUCAUGGAGCGUGGCUAGCGGUGGAGCUACAGCUGGGCUAACCUUCCUGUAGUGUUGGCUAGCGGUGGAGCUACAGCUGGGCUAUCCUUCCUAUAGUGUUGGCUAGCGGUGGAGCUACAGCUGGGCUAACCUCCAUGUAGUGUUGGCUAGCGCUGGAGCUACAGCUGGGCUAACCUUCCUGUAGUGUUGGCUAGCGCUGGAGCUACAGCUGGGCUAACCUCCCUGUAGUGUUGGCUAGCGCUGGAGCUACAGCUGGGCUAACCUUCCUGUAGUGUUGGCUAGCGUUGGAGCUACAGCUGGGCUAACCUUUGGCGUAGUGAUAAGUGAUGAUGUAGUUGAGUAGGUAUAAGGAUGAACACAGCGCCACAGCAGCCUGUCCAGCCAAUCGCAUCCACCGUGUUUCACAUUAGACACUUCAGCUAGCUUACUUUUACAUACCUGUUAGCUAGUCUGCUUGACUCCGGACUCCGAACUCUGACCUGCUACUCUAAAACUGCUCUUUGAAUCCUGGCUCUAGAACUGCUCUUUAAGUCCUAGAUCUGCUCUUUAAUUCCUAGCUCUUGCCCUGCUCUUUGCCGUACACGAUUAACCGAUCAGCGAAGAUGGUGAAUAAACGCACAGCCCCGCAGGUGAACAGCGGUGCCUCACAUCCUGUUGCUCGGCUUCAAAGUAGAAGUCCCCCUCAGGAUUCCCGAAUCAACCGUCUGGAUAUUCUUAGUGGCACCGACUCAGUGGUCCUAGUCAACCAGUCACCCCCCCCUUCUGGUUCUGAAUAGCGUCUGUGUGGUAAUGUAGUGUGUCUUCAUAGUCUAGUGGGUCUCCGUCAGACCUCAGAGGCGGUCGGCGGCAGGUCCGGACCUGAGAGAAGAGCAGGGUUCAUCCUGGUCUACCCAGGCCUUACCCCGGGAGGUACCACUAGACCGCCACCUUUUAUAAGGCAACGUCGUCACUGGUAGCGUUUGUGAUGCAGGGUAACAUGUUUGUUUUUUUUUAAGCAGAUGUUAUAACGUGUCACUGUAAUGUGUUUCAAGUCGUUCUUGGUAACUAAAGUGCCCUCUGGGGCAGAGAGGAUGUCGUGGUGGACCCCUGUGGUGUUUUACUUGAGUGUUUUUAUAUUUGAGGUCUGAACUCUGUGAACCGGUUCACUGCCGCCCUCCGUCAGGGCGCCCUGAGCUCAGCAUUACUGUGAGCAACCUUUGGCCACCAUCACGUGGAUGUCCGUGCGCAGUGUUGCCAGAUUGGGAGAGAUAUCCCGUCCAACCUGGCCCAAUCUGGCAACGCGGUCAGUACCGCAACCGUUCCAUAUGUCCAGUGUGUUUUAUACUUGUUAUAAUGAUGGCCAAUCACGAAGCCACUGGUUAGGUCAUGUGACAUGUGGUGUUAAACCGGGGCCUUUGUGAUGUCAUCGUUCUCAUCUCUCUCCCCUCCCCUCUCCCCCCCCUCCCCCCCUCCUUACUCGAGCUCUGAACCCCCCCCCCCCCCCUUUUACAAAAGCAUAUAGAAUGUGAUGUCACCCCCAUAGUUUUGAUAAUUAUUUUCUCUUAUACAAAUUAUAUUAUGAAUUAUAUUUGUAUAUGUUUCGUAACUUCACAUGAAGCCUGCCUACAUUUCCUGGGUUGAAAUGUAGCUGUACAAUUCUAUAUGCAAGGACCAUGAAAUGUAUUUUAGUGAAGCGCUGUUAGGAUGUGGGAUGUAGCACAGUCUGUACUGUAGUCCGUACUGUCGAUGGAAGACGUCUUAGAUUUUUUUCUAUUUUAUUUGCCGUCGCUUGUUUGAAUUGUUCCUUUUUUGUGUGUUUGCAGACUUGCUACAUCCCAUAAUUUAGCAUUAGCAUUCACAGCCAAUCAAAACAUUUCCAUGGUUCCUGGAAGUUUUUUUUAUCUUUUGUAUGACAUCCUUUAAAGAUGUUCCUCAUUUGGUAUGAAAACAGAUCUAUAAUAUUUUUAAUGAUUUAUAUUGAUUGUUUAUUUGACAUACCUGAAAUUACUUGAAGUGUACAUCUGUGAUGCUACUCCCCAAACAACCGGUAGGCCUUCUGACCCCAAACAGCCAGUCUAGACUGGGCGGUAGGCCUUCUCCUCUAGGCUGGGCGGUAGGCCUUCUCCUCUAGGCUGGGCGGAAGGCCUUCUCCUCUACACUGGGCGGUAGGCCUUCUCUUUCCCCGAGUGCUCAGAUAUGUCGGUGAUACUGUUAUUCCUUCACUGUGAUAGCCCUCCCAGAGUGCUCUUAAGCCUCUGUUUUAAUUAUUUAAUAAUUAUUUACGGUCAGGAGCUAUGGAAUGAUCGGUCCUGUUAACAUUGAUCCGUUGCCUUCUCCAGAUACUUUUUUCUUCAAAGUAUUUAACUCUUCAGAGACGCCUGUUUGAAUAAUUUAACGAUCAUGAUUAAUAGUGUCUUAUUUUCUAGAGAAAGAUUUCCCCUAAAGUAUCAAACUGUCUAGAGAAACCAGUCCAUUGGAAGUUUUCUAACACCAGAAAGGUUUCCCUUUACUGUACCCGUAACUUAGAAAAUCUAUAUCUAGAGAUUCUAUAGCUAGAGUAAUUAUCUAGAAAACCCUUCAGGGAGUAUAUGACAAGAGGAGCAUUGCACUUAGUAAUUUCCAGUGAUAAUAAAUCCAGUGGUAUUUAUUAUGCUGUCAUCCGUUGAGUCUUCUGGCCAACAUUCCUACAGAGCGCACCUCUCUCUGUGUUGAUGUGGAACUCUGUCCUGAUUAAACUGCUCCUCAAAUCCA